AUGCCGUCCAUGCCACCCGAGAAGAACAUUGCCAAGAAGCACUGUGCAGGAGGGACUGCUGAGAGACUUGGAGGACCUCUUGGUUCUCCCAUUGUUUCACCUGCACCACAGGCUUUGGAAAAUGUGUCUCCAGAGCCUGAGGUGGCUGCAGAGAUGCACAGCCUUCACAAUGUCAGAAUGCCUGAUCCCUACUUUGGUUUAUACCAUGGCAACUUGCCAGUGCAAGGAGGGCAGCCACUCCUUCCACAUUUUCUCUGGCUCAAUGGCAAAUUUGAGACUGCGACAUGCAUGCUAUUCACCUCUACUCCCAUCGCCUUGAUUCAUUUCGUCAUUGGUGCACAUGAUGAGGUAAUUAUGCCCAUUCCCCUCCUUGACCAACACCUCUGGCAUUUUUACCCUAACAGUGGGUAUAUUUUUCUCAAAGUUCCAUUUGAUGUUGCAACGCAUGAGAAGAUCAACACAUAUACUCGCACACAGCAAGCAUGCAUCGCUGCACUUACUCAACACUUGGGAUGCACAGGCCAUGUGUUUGCAUUUUUUUCCAAUCACUCUGAGCAAGAUAGUGGGUGGUUGUUUGCCAGUAAAGUGAAUGGUAAUUUUGUUGCUAUGAGUGUCUCCCAGGUUCUAUCUACUGUCUUCCACCCUUAUACUUCUAUCCUCAAAGGCGCCAUCCUGAUUUUUCUUCCUCUGCCACCAUAUUUCCUGCAACUCGAUCUGCGCAAGGCGUUUCCCACCCUGCUCUCCCUCUCUGCUCAUCUUGGACAACAUUCUAGGGUCAUCUUGAUGACCAAGGAUGAUGUUGCAGACAGUCCCCAGUUAGUUAUCACAACCUUUGCACGCACCCAUGCGCAGACACAGCCGUGGGGCAUCAAAGUGCCUGGGCAAUGUCCUCUCUGUGGGUCCACUAAUAGCUGGUCGCAGAAGGUGGCUGUGAUGGUUGUUGACAAGUCUCACAACGUUGACUCUCCAGACCAGACUACUGUUGCUAGGUAUAGGCAGUGCAAGCCUCCCCACAAAUUCACGAUUGAGAAGCCUCCUGGCUUCAUUAUCAAUGCUGCUAGAACUCUGAAAGCAAGUGGCCAAGGUCUAGAGAGGUGA